UAUCCGAGAUGUAGGCACAGGACCCUGAUUAUACACGCUUUCGUAGCUUGUUUUCGUGUUCUACAAGACUCCACACAAACAUGGGCUCGAUAGAUAUCGCAAGUGGAAUGAAGACGACUUGGAGUCGCUUGGUGCGCUUUGUGGCAGCCGAGGACGGUGUUGAGCAUAUCGGCGAGCCGCUCGACACAGGACUGGAUGUCGGCGCAGCCCUCGCAGCCGGAUCAGAAGUCGGAGUACGUGUUUUCACCGGUUCAUCGGUACUCUCCGUAGAUGCGCAGCCAACAUCAGCGAUCGCGACAGUAUCACGACUGCUGCCACCACUGUCAAGAACCGAAGUCGGUACUAUUCGCUGUAUAGGCCUCAACUAUCGCAAACAUGCCAAAGAGAUGAAUCUGGAUCUCCCAAACCACCCAACCCUUUUCUUCAAGCCGGCAACCUGUCUGGGUGCACCUAAUGCGCCAUUGGUCAUCCCGCGUCAAGCGACCGAUGGGCAGGCAGACUACGAAGCCGAACUCGCCGUAAUCAUUGGAAGAUCGGCAAGGAAUGUGAGCACAGAAGAUGCUAUGGACUACGUGCUGGGUUACACAUGUUCGAAUGACGUGACAGCGCGAGUCCACCAAUUCAACGGUGCGCAAUGGAGUUUUGGAAAAGGUUUCGAUGGCUUCGCACCGCUCGGGCCCUGUCUCGUAUCCGCAUCUUCAAUAUCGAAUCCGGGCGACAUCGAGCUCAAGACUGUACUGAAUGGCGAGACGAUGCAAUACUCGUUGGGGAAUGAUAUGAUCUUCAGCAUACGUGAGAUCGUUGCGUACCUAAGUCAAGGGACAACAUUGGAGCCAGGUACCGUGAUCAUGACGGGCACACCGCAUGGUAUUGGCGUCAGCAAAGUACCAAAGGUAUGGCUCAAACAGGGCGAUGAUCUGAGAAUCGUGAUGAGUCAUGGUAUGGGAAGCCUGGUGACGCCAGUCGUGUAUGAGAAAGCCUAAAAAAGGUGCUGACAGCGAAUAAACAUAAUUCCGCGAUGAUAUUCAAGCGAGAUCGAGUUAUGGUGAAGAUUUGAUGAUGG